AUGGUGAAACCCUUGCUUAUACUACUGCUCGGUGUGGGUGCUUUACGGGCGGAAAAGGCCAACCGGACGGAAGCCUUUCGGUUGCCACCCAUUUUCCUGUACGACGAUUUCCGCCACUGUGAGCUGCAAUCGUCGGUGUACUGUUACGCGCGGACGCUUCUGCGCGAAGAUCAGUUCCCGGUCGGUUUCGUGUUGCCACAUAUCGAAAGCACGGAUCGGAUCGUGUACAACCAUCGAGCACAUUUUCUCGAGCUGGGCGUUUGUUUGGCCGAUUGUGAGAAAGAAUUGGCGAGCUUGAGUGAGUCCAGCCGCGAUGCACUUUUCCAGCCACGCAUUCCUGUCAAUUUCACCUUCGUGAUUCCGAACGAGCUGUUUCCCACGAUAGCAGACGAUAAGCGGCGCUACGAGACACUCGUGAACGUGUGCGUGAACCGGCGACUCAGCACGCAGUACAAUCUGACCGGUUAUACGGCGCUCGAAUACUGUCGACCUCGGCCCGAGGAUCUUAACCGUGCGUUCGACGCACUGGAGCUGCUGUUUCUCGCCGUAUCGGUGACACUAGUGAGCGUGCUGAUCCUGUCGACGGUGUUCGAUUUGAGCGGUUUUCAUCGAGACAAUGCGAUCGUUUCCGCAUUUUCCAUUGGCCGAAACUGGGCACGGCUGACCGCGGAUGCCGACUCCACUCUACAUCAGGACCUGCUAUACAUCGACGGGUUGCGUGUGAUCGUGAACCACCUCGUGAUCGUGCUGCACAGCAUCCUGAUCUCGUGUAUCGCACCACUGCGGAACUACCACUACGUGGAGCAGAUGCUAAGCCACAGCCCGAUGCUGGUGUACCUUUCGUCGAACGUCUUCCUUGUGCAGGUGUUCUUCACCAUCGGCGGGUACCUGUUGAGUGUGAACUUCCUGCGUGAUGCCACCCGAGGACGAAUCGACGCCCGGUACGUCGUAAACAGGCUGCUUAAUCGACUGCUCCGGUUGCUGCCCGUGUAUGGCUACUUCCUGCUGUUCUCCGUCAGCUUGAACGUGCGCUUCGACGUUAAUGUGGGAGGCUUCCGGUUGUUCACCGCCGAAAACGCCGUCUGCCGGCAGAACUGGUGGGCGAAUCUGUUCUUCGUGAACAACUUCAUGUGGCCCCGUGAGCUGUGUCUCAUGCACACGUGGUACCUAGCGGCGGACUUCCAGCUAUAUCUGAUGGCGCUGGGGUUGCUUUUGGUAGUCUACCGUUGGCCGAAGCACGUGGGUGUAGUUUUCCUAGCGGCUGUGGUGGUUUCCUUCGCGAUACCGGCCUACAUCACGCACCAGCACAAGCUGCAUCCGGUUUUACCGGUCAAGUUGAGUGAGGCCAAAUUUAUCAUCAUGUACGAGCCAUGGAUACGGCGGAUCUAUUUGCCAAGCUACGCGAACACGGGAUGUUACCUAUUCGGGGUCAUCGCUGGGUAUCUUUAUCAUCAAGUUAAAACGAACAAUCUGCAACUCCAUCGGCAUUUGCUUUACCGGAUCAUCGAUAAGAGCGUGACGCCAGUCCUGUUAGGAGUGUCCGUAUCCACCUGUAUAUGGUAUCUGUACGACAUCCCCAAACCGGCUCUCUGGGUGUCGCUUUACAGCGCGCUCUACCGAAACAUCAUCGGCAUCUUCGUGGCCGUUUGCUUUCUGCGCUGCAUAAAUACUUCACCUGGACUCUUCAAGACGCUGCUCUGCGCAAAGCCAUUGACCACGCUCGGGAAACUCACGUACAGCGUCUACGUCCUGCAUGACGUCGUGAUGCGCUUUGUGCUGAUGAACGAACAGUUUGAUGCCGUCAUCGGGUUGGGUAUAUUCGUGAGGUACAUGUAUUUCGUAAACGUGGUCGCGUUUGCCGGUGGUUUGGUGGUGUUUCUCACCAUCGAACAGCCUAUGAUGCAGCUCUUCAAACCAGCCAUCAACCGGCUGUGGCCGGUAGGAGUCAAAUCGAAGCAACAUUAA